AUGACCCUGGAGCUCGUCCGCAACCUGACGAUGAAGUGGGAGCGCGAUCUCAAGCGCGUCAACGAGCGCAUGGAGGAUAUUAUUGACAAAAACAGCGAGCUGACGGAGACGAUUGACCACAUGACCACGGCCCUGCGCUCUUGCAUUAGUCGGCCGCUGUCUGGUUAUUCGGGCAACUCCUUCAAGGGUCGGGAGUAG